GCCGCGCGGCGGCGGCGCCGGGCGGGCGCGCGUCCGCGGCGGUGAUGGCGGUGCGUGAACGCGCGGCGGCAGCAAUGGCCGCUCUGGAGCGGCGGGUGCCGAGUCUCGAUGACUUCGCGGGACAGAGUUGGAGCUCGUGGGUGGAGCGGGCCGACCUGCCUGCGGCUGAUGGGGCUGAGCUGGAGGAGAGUAGCAAAAACAUGAAGAAGUUGGAUGCUAUGACCCUCAUUAAAGAAGACAUGUCCAUCUUCGGGCACUGCCCUGCCCAUGAUGACUUCUAUCUGGUUGUGUGUAACCACUGUAGCCAGGUGGUGAAGCCUCAAGCUUUCCAGAAGCACUGCGAAAGAAGACAUGGGCCCCUCAGCAAGCUUUAUACCCGGGCCCCACCCCCACCUCCAGCCCCUGCCAGCUCUCAGAAAUGCCAUGUAGUGAAUGGUCAGGGCCCAGCUUGUAGGGCCCCAGGUUCUACCAAAACCUCCUCCAGGGAGAAGGGCCAGGGGUCCCGGAGUCGCAGCCACCAGCCUCCUGAGAAGACCCAGAAGGACAACCUCUGCCUGUUCGUGCCUGUGGUGAAUCUGGAGAAGAUGUCCAGUCUCCCGAAGCCCGAUGGACAUGGAAUCAGGGUGGCCCCACCCUCUGCUUUCCUCAGCCAGCCAGGCAGCCUCCCCAAGGACUCCCCUGGAAAAACCCCUAUGGCUCUCCCUUCUAAAGAACCGCCUGGCAGAGAGAGCAUCGAGAUAAUCCCUGGUGAGGGUUCCAGUCACCGGGCCGAAGGCAGCCCCCCAGAGAAGGAGCCUGGUGGGGCCAGGCUGCCCCCCAAAACCCACCGCAAGAUGGCUCGGAAGGAGUGCGACCUCAACAGGCAGUGUGGGGUCAUAAAUCCAGAGACCAAAAAGAUCUGUACCCGCCUGCUGACCUGCAAGAUCCACUCCGUACACCAGCGCCGGGAGGUCCAGGGCCGGGCCAAGGACUUUGAUGUGCUAGUGGCAGAGCUGAAGGCCAACUCCCGAAAAGGAGAAUCUCCCAAGGAGAAGAGCCCAGGGCGCAAGGAGCCAGCACUUGAGCGCCCCUCCCAGGAGUCUUCGUCCUCAAUCCAGGCUGUGGCAGCUGUGGCUGCUGCCAGCAGCACCUUCUCUGCUCGAACCAAGCAGACCUACCCAUACUGUGCACUGCCCAGGUCCCGGGCCUCCUCUGAAAGUGAGUUGGAUGAUGAAGGUCCCUGUGGUGGUGAUGGGGACCCAGGCCUGUUCCCCUUCCCCCUGCCCCGGGGUGGGGCCCAGGCCUCCAGCGAGGAGAGUGAGGAGGAGGGGACAUCUGAGGACCUCCACCUCCCCCCUGACUGCCAUUAUGCAACCCGGCCCCCGCGGCCACAGGCGUUCUGCACCUUUGGGAGUCGGCUGGUGAGCCCAGGAUGCUACGUGUUUAGCCGCCGGCUGGACCGGUUCUGCUCAGCACUCAGCUCCAUGCUGGAAAGGCACCUCAGCUCACACAUGUGGAAGAAGAUCCCACCGGCAGUUGAACCUCCAUCCCACCUUGUCACCUCCCCCUUAUCUGCUCCCCUGAGCCCAUCCUCUAUGGGCAACUGCCCCCGACUUCCAGGCCCACCCCCCAGACCUGCCUGCCCAGUUUCCACGCCCCCCACCAAGGACAGCCUUGUCCCCAGCUACACUGCAGGCUCCCCCAGUGUGGCAGCCGCUUGCAGCCAGGCGGAGUGCAUGGGCGGCAGCCAGGCCAUCACCUCACCACUGCCUGCCAACACACCAUCCCCAUCCUUCAGCAAGCUGCCGCCUUCCAAGGCCAGCAAAUCAUCCAAAGGCAAGGAUGGGGCAGAGGUGGAGGCCCCUUCUCGAAAACGGAAGUUAUCCCCUGGCCCCACCACUUUCAAACGGACAUGUAUCCUGGAGCCCACUGGAAAAGGCAAACCUUCUGGCUGCCGGGGCCUCUCAGCCAAGACUAAAACAGCCCUAGGCAUGGGGCUUAAUGGGACUGUGGGGCCAAGAGUAAAGCGGGCAGGGCCCCUGGACUGUCGGGGUUCCCCUCAUCAGCUUCCCACACCAGUCAAGGCUUCUCAGCUGGAGAACCGGGGAGCAGCUGGACACCCAGCCAAAGCCCUGCCAACCAGCUGCCUCUCUGAGGAAGAGGUAGCCAAGAAGCGGAAAAACCUGGCCACUUACUGCCGGCCAGUGAAGGCCAAGCACUGUCAGGCUGGUGCCCCUUCUGAAGGGGCCUGCUCUGUGCGCCGCAAGAAGCCAGGCCCGGCCCUGGCCUUUGAGGAGAAGUGCUCUACACUGAAGUCAAAAGCCCAUUAACAAGAAAGUGCCUGCCCACUGCAAUGGAGCCGCCAGCACCUCCUCCCUUCCAGAUCCGGGCCCCAGGCUGCUGCCGCUUUUUAUAACUUUAUAUUAUUUUUUUUUAAGAAAAAAAAAAAAAAACCUCUUUAAAAUA